UCAAAUCCAAGUGGCUUCAGGAACGAGAAAAAAGCAGAUUCUUUAUCUGUAGGAACCUGCAGAUGUUCAAAAAUAUUCUUUGAACUAAAUUUAUAGUACUUAUAAUUGUUAAUGUCAUUAUUGACAGUAAUUAAAAUAUUAUACAAUUUUAAAACAUGAAUCACACCAACACCAUACGCAACAUUUCUAGAGAAAUUAAAAGGGAGUGCUUCAGAAACAACAUUUAUGCCCCGGAGAGCUUCAUAUACUAUUACGUCAGGUUAUUGUACCUCAAUCCCAAAUAUGGAAUAUCAGCCAACAUCCUCAGCAACAGGGACGCCGUUGUGGCCUUCGUUAAGAUGGUGGUGGACCAAUUAAAAUACCAAAACACCCCACAAUUUAUAACCCUUAAGAUACAAUGGUCGUUUAAGGCUAAUUACAAAACUAGAGAAGAACUGAUACAAUUAGAAAAUGAUAAACGCAUGGAAAGGCUGCACGUCUUAAAACAUUUAAUUAUGAAAAAGGUGGAGUUGUUAAAUGAGCAUGAAAUGUUGGCUUAUAGGAAAAAAAUAUCGGCUUACUCUACGUUGUCUUAUGGACUUGGCAAUCCGUUGAAGGAGGGUGUGUUUCAGGAAGGGUACUACGCUUUGAAAAGUAUCAUGGAUGACUCCGAAAUAAGGGAAUUUGCCCAGUUACCACUGGGUGAAAAAGAGGAACAGUUGGAUUAUACUGCGAAGCUGAUUUGUGGCAUACGAUUGUUUAAUAAGGAGACAGACAAGGGAGGAGAAGGUAUUCCAGAUUUGCAUGAAGUCUUGUUGGUAAAUAAAAGCAGUCUACAUCAGACACUCCAGUUAAUGAUAAAGAAUGUGGAGGAAAAGAUUAACAAACUUACAAUGAUACUGAACGAGUCAUUCAAAUUCAAAAAGAACGACUAUAUGCGUACUGAAUUGAAAUUUCAAGCACCACAUCCACUUUUAACAAAAGAUAAAGCUGAGUACCUCAGAGACUUAUUGGUGGCAUACAGGCAGUACCAAACGUAUUGCUACGAACUUUUCAGUGUGCUUGACCACGACAGGCUAAAAUUAAACAAGCUGCACUACAUAACAAACUGGCAAAUAAUAUACAACAUAUGCUCAGAUCGAGUAGCAGUAGCUUCCUCAAAGGUAUUCCCCCUUUUCGAAAAGGCUGCUGAACUGUGGAAGGAGUGCCAACACGAAGGAAUGUAUUUGUUACACAUAAAUGAGAUCAUGAAAAUGAUUCGGCAGUUUGUCAGCGCCCCAAAUUAUCCGGAAGAACUGAUAGAAAUGUGCGUUGGACCGUCGAUUGUGCGUGAAGAUGUGGACUGGGUGACAAAAAAAAUUACGCACCCCUACACCACUGAACAACCACCCAAUAUUCUUCAUGUAAACUCCUACUCAGAAAUUGUUGAAGCUAAUGAGAAACUCAGCUUCCAUGGGUACGAUGUUUUUAAGCUGGUAUACACAGAAGGAGUGUUAAUACCUGGGAGUUUCGAAGGGGGAGUUGCAGUAUUUAAUUCGACGUGGAAUUUCGUGUUUUCUGAGUAUCAGUCUUAUACUGGAUGGUGUGAAGACUUGGUAGAAAACAUAUUAAGAGGUCUGGAUAUGGUUAGAAAUAGAGUCUACUUUAUAGAAAUGUUUGGCUUAAGCCCCAUCAUUGAAAUGCUGAUGGAAAAAGAGAUAAUUUUCGAUACGAGUCCGAAGAAGAAAACUGGACAUUCCUUACACACCCAAACUGAAGAUCACAUCAUGAUGGGAUAUAUUGACCCAAAUUAUACGUGGAACAUUUGGGACCUGAAAAGAGAUGCAUUGCAAAAAGCUAAGUUAACACACUGCCUCACAGUUUCUACACAAACUGAGCCAGUAUACAGCAAGUGGUCCAUACCAGUACAAACUUUGGAACCAGAAGAUAAUGUUGUCACUACAAAAACAGACAAUUACGUAAACGUAUCCAAACCAAGUAGAUUCCUAUAUGGAUUAAGAGGACAAACGGAUGAUAAAUUCAUCGACAUGGACUUGACUAGACCAAUACAUAAAGUAGAAAAGUGCAUUAGAGAUAAUGAUAAUCAGUAAUUUAAAUGUAAAUUUACUUAACUUUUAUAACGUAACGUGAUAAUAUAAUCAAUAAUGUGCAA